AUGACAUCCUUAACACUGGACAUGGACAACUCUUUCCAUGGAUGCGAUCAGAACCUUGAACUUAAAGAAGCUUCUUGCAGCAAAAAAGACCUGGACACGGUUCCCCAGAAUCUUUCUGAAGAUACCGAGGUGCUUGACUUGUCUGAGAACAAUAUCACCAAACUCUUGAACUCCUCGUUUGAAGUAUACCCUCUAAUCAACUCCUUGGACAUUUCUUUCAACGAUGUAAGAGCGAUAGAAUCCGCCGCUUUUUACCCCCUCAAGGGCUUAAUGUACCUGUUUCUAGCCUUUAACGAAAAUCUUGUGCUUCCAGCAACAGGCGUCUUUAUGAUGUCUACACAGCUUUCCUUUCUCGAUUUAACGUCAACAUACUUGAAGUCGCUCCCCAUUGACACUUUUAAAUGGAUUCCACAUCUAGAUACUGCUUUUCUGUUCUACAACCGGCUCUCCUCCAUCAAUGUAAGUUCUUGUGACAUGGCCGACAAUGUAAUCAUGAUUGGUAAUCGACUAAAACACCUUACGACGAGAGAUUUCAUAUUUGUGUGCCACACUGAUAUUCUAGAUAUUAGAGGAAACCGUAUCCAAUCAGUAGACCCUGAUGUGAUCGCAUCACUACAUGUUCACUCCUUGGUGCUAGGUGGCUACCCUUUGAGUUACGAGGUGUUAGCGAACAUCGUCCUCGGAAUUUCAAAAUCAGACAUCGAACAGCUAACAAUCGAGGAAGGUUCUGUUGGUGCGUUUCCUAAAGGUUUCUUUGAUCCUCUGCGCGAUUCUUCUCUCUCUGUUCUGGAUUUCAACAGCAACAAACUGAAUAGCCUCCAUCCUUUAGUCUUCUCAAAUUUAACAAAAGUCAGACAAUUCAGUUUCAGUAAUAACAAACUCCCCAUAGACGAAAUUCAACCAGACCUUUUCGAUGGUAUGAAUGCAUUAAAGAUACUGGCAAUCAACGACAACCGAGUAAGACAAAUAAACCCUAACAAUCAGACUUGGACAGUGGACUUAUUGGAGUUUGACUUAUCCGGUAAUCUGUGUACAGAAAUAUCUGCAUCUGUAUUUCACGGAUUAGGAAAUUUAACUUUCUUAGACAUGAGCUCGAACAAACACCUUUCUGUCUUUGAGCUGACGGCCUUUUCGGGACUUGACCAUAUUCAAACCAUUGAUUUGACCGGAAGUCGUGUAACAGUUCUGGAAUUGAACACCCCGAUAUUAAGAUCACUUUCCCUAAACUCUCUCCACAAGGAAAAUACUAUCUGUUCGUCUGCAUCUCUGGACCCUCUUCGUGAGAAACCCCUGCUUGAUUUUGAUCCAAAUGAACUCUGUAUAAUGAACUAUGGUCUAUUCUCUCUGAUUCCCCUUGCCUCCAUUAGCUUGAUUGUAAUCAGCGUGCUGGUGUAUCACUACCGAUGGCAGUUGAGGUACAAACUAUUUCUCCUGAAACUGGCCGCAGUUGGCUAUAGAGAGAUGCUAGACGCUCGAGACCCCAUUGACUACGAGUUUGACGUGACCAUCAUUUUCUACGACGAUGACGAAGAAUGGAUUCGAGAACAGCUCCGACCGGCUCUCGGAGAACGGCUUCCACAGUUUCAGAGGAACGUCUUCGGUGACGAAGACCUUGUAUUGGGUAUGCAUUACUUAGAUUCCGUCGAUUACGUGGUGAGCCAUAGUUAUAAGACCAUCAUAGUGCUUAGCAGAGCUGCUGUGCACGACCACUGGUUCAUACUCAAGUUCCGUACAGCCAUGGACCACGUGAGUGACACUCUGACUGAAUUCGUAGUCGUGGUUUUCCUCGAAGACAUCCCAGAUGAUGAAAUGCCAUUCUUGGCGAGGUUGUACCUCAGUGAUGGCAGACCCUAUAUUCACUGGACUGAGAACGUGAGAGGACAAGAAUAUUUCUGGGAUGAAUUGACCAAAAAUCUGACCAUUAAUCUGAGAACGAAUGACUUGAUCCCAAACGAGUAG